AUGGGACCGAUUUCGGAGUAUCUAUACCAUAUAGUACUGACAACCUCUCAUCUCACCAAAAAUCCCAACAACAUUGUUGAAAAAGUACGCGUCCCUGGGACCUAUACAUCUCUGCCAGCGGCCAAAGCCGCGGCACACAGCUGUCUGUUUGACGCCGGAUAUGAACGAGAGUUCUUCACCAAGUACGAGGUCGAUCCGGCUGUUUUCGAAGAACAAAAUCUUCUUGAGCGCUCUGGCCUGGCAGUGCUCGCUGUAGCUGCAGACGGGACUACAUUCCGGGUUCGGAUUGACACGACCCCGAAUAACAUGCGCCUAACGACGGAUCUUGAGGAUGGUAGGAUAUCGAUUCCGUUGUACUAUGUGAUUGAGACUACCAUCGUGUAUGGCGGGCAGAAGGAGACAACCAGUGUCCGCAAUCUAAACAUUGAAGGGACGUUCGAAACAUAUGAAGAAGCUUGGGCUUUUGCAAAGCAGGUAUUACUGUCCAAGGAGGACAAGGUCACCAAAGACAGUUUCGCGGAGUAUGAUGAGGCCGCACCCGAUGAGAAAGAUUGCGGGUAUGGAGAGAAUGUGAUUGUGCAUGCUGCUAAUAAUUAUGGGGAGAAUUUCUUGAUCAGUGUCAUUCAGACUCAGGAACUGCAAAAUGUCGCUUUGACAGAGGCAGCGAUGAGGAUUGCUUAA